CUUUAACAAAGUCCUCCUCUCUCUGCUCCCUCCCACUUCAUUCACUUGCAAAUCAGUGUGUGCCCACAAGAGCCAGCUCUCGGGAGCCCGUAACCUUCGCAUCCCGAGAGCUGCAGUUUCGGCCGCGACAGCAGAGUCGGCGACCGCGGCGGCUGCGGCGGAGGCAGGAGCAGGCUGGGCGGGUCGCAGGGUCUCCGCGGGCGCAGGAGGCGAGCAAAGAUAUCCUCUGAGAGCCAAGCAAAGAACAUCAAGGAAGAAAGAGGAAUGAGGCUGGAUACGGUGCAGUGAAAAAGGCAGUUCCCGGAGAGGGGCACUCACGACCCCGAGACUCGACGGUGCUAUCAGCAUGAGAACUUACCGCUACUUCUUGCUGCUCUUUUGGGUGGGUCAGCCCUACCCAGCUCUCUCAACUCCACUGUCUAGGAGGACUAGUGGUUUCCCAGCAAAGAAAAGGGCCCUGGAGCUCACUGGAAACAGCAAAAAUGAGCUGAACCGUUCAAAAAGGAGCUGGAUGUGGAAUCAGUUCUUUCUCCUGGAGGAAUACACAGGAUCCGAUUAUCAGUAUGUGGGCAAGUUACAUUCAGACCAGGAUAGAGGAGAUGGAUCACUUAAAUAUAUCCUUUCAGGAGAUGGAGCAGGAGAUCUCUUCAUUAUUAAUGAAAACACAGGCGACAUACAGGCCACCAAGAGGCUGGACAGGGAAGAAAAACCUGUUUACAUCCUUCGAGCUCAAGCUAUAAACAGAAGGACAGGGAGACCCGUGGAGCCCGAGUCUGAAUUCAUCAUCAAGAUCCAUGACAUCAACGACAAUGAGCCGAUAUUCACCAAGGAGGUUUACACAGCCACCGUCCCUGAAAUGUCUGAUGUCGGUACAUUUGUUGUCCAAGUCACUGCAACGGAUGCAGAUGAUCCAACAUAUGGGAACAGUGCUAAAGUUGUGUACAGUAUUCUACAGGGACAACCCUAUUUUUCAGUUGAAUCAGAAACAGGUAUUAUCAAGACAGCUUUGCUCAACAUGGAUAGAGAAAACAGGGAGCAGUAUCAAGUGGUGAUUCAAGCCAAGGAUAUGGGCGGCCAGAUGGGAGGACUAUCUGGGACCACCACAGUCAACAUCACACUGACUGACGUCAACGACAACCCUCCCCGAUUCCCGCAGAGUACAUACCAGUUUAAAACUCCUGAAUCUUCUCCACCGGGUACACCAAUUGGCAGGAUCAAAGCCAGCGAUGCUGAUGUGGGAGAAAACGCUGAAAUUGAGUAUAGCAUCACAGAUGGUGAGGGGCUGGAUAUGUUUGAUGUCAUUACCGACCAGGAAACCCAGGAAGGGAUUAUAACUGUCAAAAAGCUCUUGGACUUUGAAAAGAAGAAAGUGUAUACCCUUAAAGUGGAAGCCUCCAAUCCUCAUGUUGAGCCACGAUUUCUCUACCUGGGGCCUUUCAAAGAUUCAGCCACGGUUAGAAUUGUGGUGGAGGAUGUAGAUGAGCCUCCCGUCUUCAGCAAACUGGCCUACAUCCUACAAAUAAGAGAAGAUGCUCAGAUAAACACCACAAUAGGCUCUGUCGCAGCCCAAGAUCCAGACGCUGUCAGGAAUCCUGUCAAGUACUCUGUUGAUCGACACACAGAUAUGGACAGAAUAUUCAACAUUGAUUCUGGAAAUGGUUCCAUUUUUACAUCGAAACUUCUUGACCGAGAAACACUGCUAUGGCACAACAUUACAGUGAUAGCAACAGAGAUCAAUAAUCCAAAGCAAAGUAGCCGAGUACCUCUAUAUAUUAAAGUUCUAGAUGUCAAUGACAACGCCCCAGAAUUUGCAGAAUUCUAUGAAACUUUUGUCUGUGAAAAAGCAAAGGCAGAUCAGUUGAUUCAGACCCUACGUGCUGUUGACAAGGAUGACCCUUAUAGUGGACACCACUUUUCAUUUUCUUUGGCCCCUGAAGCAGCCAGUGGCUCAAACUUUACCAUUCAAGACAACAAAGACAACACGGCGGGAAUCUUAACUCGGAAAAAUGGCUAUAAUAGACACGAGAUGAGCACCUAUCUCUUGCCUGUAGUCAUUUCAGACAACGACUACCCAGUUCAAAGCAGCACUGGGACAGUGACUGUCCGGGUCUGUGCAUGUGACCACCAUGGGAACAUGCAGUCCUGCCAUGCGGAGGCGCUCAUCCACCCCACGGGACUGAGCACGGGGGCUCUGGUUGCCAUCCUUCUGUGCAUCGUGAUCCUACUAGUGACAGUGGUGCUGUUCGCAGCGCUGAGGCGGCAGCGAAAAAAGGAGCCUUUGAUCAUUUCCAAAGAGGACAUCAGAGACAACAUCGUCAGUUACAACGACGAGGGCGGCGGCGAGGAGGACACCCAGGCUUUUGAUAUCGGCACCCUGAGGAACCCUGAAGCCAUAGAGGACAACAAAUCACGAAGGGACAUCGUGCCCGAAGCCCUUUUUCUACCCCGGCGGACUCCAACAGCUCGAGACAACACCGAUGUCAGAGAUUUCAUUAACCAAAGGUUAAAGGAAAACGACUCGGACCCCACCGCCCCGCCGUACGACUCGCUGGCCACCUACGCGUACGAGGGCGCGGGCUCCGUGGCGGGCUCCCUGAGCUCGCUGGAGUCGGUGACCACGGACGCAGACCAGGACUAUGAUUACCUUAGCGACUGGGGCCCUCGGUUCAAAAAGCUCGCAGAUAUGUACGGAGGAGUGGACAGUGACAAAGACUCCUAAUCUGUUGCCUUUUUCCUUUUCCAACACGGCGCUGAAAUACGUGAAGUUGGCCAUUUCUUCCUAUUUAUCCACGACUCCGUGAAGGGUUCUCUGUUCCACCCGUUUUCAAAGCCAGUGGCUGCCGUCUGUGUGGAUCCAAUGGUAGAGACUUUUUUCUAGUACACUUUUAUGAGCUUCCAAGGGGCAAAUUUUUAUUUUUUAGUGCAUCCAGUUAACCAAGUCAUCCCAACAGGCACGGGCCCGGGGGGAGGACAGGGAACAACGUUUCCGUUUGUUCUCAGGGCAACGUGCUCACUUCCGCGGGCCUGGUGAUUCCCUACACGCCGUGUCAGGCCUGCCUCCUGCCCCAACUACACAUUUCACAGGCUAAUGGGAUAAGCGACUGUGCUUUAAAGAUAAAAAUAUCAUAGUGAAAGAAAUGAGGGCAUAUCGGCUCACAAGGAGAUAAACUACAUGGGGGGGUUUAUUUCUGUCGCAAAGAAUUUAAAAUAACACUUGCCCAUCCUAUUUGUUCUUCAAGAACUUUCUCUGGCAUCAACUACUAUCCAAAACCUCAAAUCCACCCAUAUGUUAAAAUUCUCAUUACCCUUAAGGAAUAGAAGCAAAUUAAACAGUAACAUCCAAAAGCAACCACAAACUUAGUAUGACAUCAUUCCUUCCACUAACUCAUAAUUGGUUAUAUCCUACACUAGACACGCGAAAGUUUGCCUUUGUACCGUAUAAAGGGGGAGGGGAAAUAGCUAAUCACGUUAACAAAGGAAAUAUAUUUUAGCAUACGUUGAAAGUUUUGGCCACCACAUGUUAUCACGGGUCCCUUGAAAUUCUUUCAACUAUCAGUAGGCAAAUGUCAAAAUUGUUUUAAAAUUCUUGAAAAAAUUUUCCUGAGAUAAAUCUUAACUCCUUGUCUAUAGUUGUCAGUAUUAUUCUACUAUACCAUAUAUGAAAGUAGCAGUGUGAAGUACAAUAAUUCAUAUUCUUCAUAUCCUUCUUACACAACUAAGUUGAAUUAGUAAAGUUAGAUUAAAUAAAACUUAAAUCUCACUCUAGGAGUUCACUGGAGAGGUUAGAGCUACACUUGAACCUAAUACCCUGCCCUUGACAUCUGGAAAUGUCUACCUAUUUAUAUAAUGUGAUACAUUUGGAUAAAUAACGUUGAGAUUAUGAUGAAAAUCUACAUAUUCCAUGUUUGGAAGACCCUUACAAAGGGAAAAUUGGAUUCCUUUAAACAAAAGUGUAAUUAAAAUGAUAGUUGAUUUUCAAAAGCA